AUGGAAAAAUUUGGAGAUUUGCCGAAUCGCGAGUGGACCCAGCGACUGAGUUUGCGUGGGAGUAGACGAAGUCAUCAGGGAGAGCUCGGCGCAACCGGAAUGACUGGCUCAAGAAGCACAAGAAGAUGGGCUAGUUUACGGCAACACGUGACCAGCGGGGAUGGAAUUAAGCCAUCGGUUGAAUUGUUGUUGAAUCGUGAACAAAACUCAAAAUCACAAACCCCGAGCUCGCAGCCCCAUUCGCCAAAUACUCCCAGAACACCUCAUACACCUCUCAAGAAGUCUAACUGGGAGGUCAUUGAACACUUUACUGGCGCGCCGAGACCCUCCAUUGUUACGAUGGGACUGGGCUCCGAAAUUGGCGUCAGUUUAGCUGCCGGAGGAGUCAAGGAACCUAUUUCAGUUACUGCUAUUAAUGCUAGUUUUACGGAAAAUGAACGAAAGUGCGCGCUUAGCCGGUUUUUACGGGCGCUUUGUAGAUCCCAUAGAUUUAAAAAUCUUCAAGUGGAGAUGUUGUACCAGCGUUAUUUUCUCCGGAUGAAUCAGAGCAACAUGACCCAUGUACUGGGACUCCUUACCGGGCUAUCAAUAGCUCUCGGAUUGCUGGUACUCAGACUCAUAUUUACCAGUGAUCAACCUUUUAUUACUCUCAUCCAGCGACCGGAAAAUUUAUCACUGACACUCGCUGUACUUACUUGUAUUGCUGUCUAUGCAGGACUGGUAGCAGCAAUAUCCCGACCGGGAAUGAACGAAGUCUGGUUAGCGGGAAUAAGUGGAGCAAUACUAGUGACGCUUUUGGCGCUUCAAAUAACCCUAAAUAUUCAUCUGGCAUAUUUACCGAGCUGGGACAACAAGAUAGUGAUGAACAGCGAGGACAUGACGAUGACCAGAGAGCCACUGGAUGGUGAUCCCGACGCCGAUGCCACGGCUAGCACAAUCUCAAUGACGAGAAUCGAUCAUUUGCGGACAGGUGGACCGCUCGCCGCGGCUUGGUCCGUCUGUUUUUUUAUCUACAUGGCCUACGCUCUUCUCCCGAUACGACUACGUCAUGCCUGCAUUGCUGGUGUUAUUUUCUCCGUCACCCAUCUCAUUGGCGCUUUUGUACUCUACUCCCAAGACUACCCUGCAAUGCUCGCACACGUGAGUUUUUUUUUAAGUAAUUAA